AGCAAAACCUCAAGCUCGACGAUGAUGACUUGGAAAUACUUCACAAAGAAAAGAUUACCGGCCUCUUCUUUCUUGGCCUGAAUGAAGAAAAAUUUCAUAGUGUUGGCUUUGCGUUGGGAACAGCAACACUUCUCGCAAAAGAGAUCCAAACCUUCAAAGAAAAGCCAAAGCGAGUGUUCUCCUCAUACCGCAAUUUGAAGGAGGUGUUAGCGAAAUAUAACAUUGAUGGUAAUGGUAUAGGCACUAUUUGUCAGUUUUUACUAGCGACCUAUAAACUCGAAAAUGAUGACAAGGAAUUGCGUAAAUUGGAAAAUAUAGGGACUAUGCUUGCCGAUAGCAAUGAAGCCAUACGUUGCGAGUAUAUUUUGACUAUUCUUCACGCUUUGCUCUAUAUCGUCAAAAGAAUAAUCAAAAAAGAGCUUACCUUAGCACCUCAGCUUGAAGUUAUCAGCGAAGAAAGUAUUGGUCGAGUUGAUUAUGCAAUUAAAGCCCUUGAGGAACUUAUUUACAUCAUGGAAGGGAAGUUACAUUAA